UGGCUUCAAAUAUUGUCUCCAACUGAAGGUUAAAAACAACGCAGUUGAUGCAUUGUGCCAGAAUCGGAAAAGUAUACUUAGUUGUUUUGAAGACUCAUUGAUCGAAGAUCAAUGACUUAUUUAUGGACAUGACAGUUUUUACCUUGCAUUUAUGAUAAAAGAUACUUUCGAAUGAGCUUUCUGUCUCCAGAAUGAACUGCAUAAGUGCUCUUUUGAAAUAUGCAGAUAUCAGUUCAUCCGAACAGGUUUCGAAUCCCAGUGACGCAUUAAGGACGUCAUUGUACAAUUUCACAAAUGAAGAAAACGGCGAAUCACAAUCCGGAUCGUCCCUCAAUGAUUCGGGCAUUGAUUUAUCCUAUGAUUCUUUAAACUCGUCACUCAACGAGGGUGAGAAGAAUGUGACUGGAUGCAGGAAAAGGAAAAAUUUUGUUCCAUGUCGCUCAUCCCCUCUGAAUGAUCCGAAUUUCCGUGGUGUUACGAUUACGAUGCAUAAUCGAUUAGUUAAUUCGGAAUGGAAACUCAUCAUACGUUCUAAAUUCACAUUAUCGCCAAGAAAAAAGAGAAAAAUUAGGAAUUACGCGGAAAGUUCAGAUGAAGAAGACGUAAGCAAUUCCAGUUAUUCAACUGUAAUCGAAGAGAAACAUUGCGCCUCUUGCAGCGCUAAGAAAACGCCACUGUGGAGGGACGCAGAAGAUGGUACACCACUUUGUAAUGCAUGUGGAAUCAGAUACAAAAAAUACAAAUUGCGAUGUGGGACAUGUUGGCAUAUACCUAAGAAGGAUGAAUUCCAUCCCACCUGCCAGUACUGUGGAUCCUUUUACGAAUAUGUGUAUCCAAGACGUUAAACGGAUUUUGAAUCAAACUAGAAUGAAUUAUUACAAGAAAAAUCGAAACUAAUGCAUCUAUUUUUGGAUCAAGAAUAAGAGCUGGGCGUUCAAAAGACGUUAUUUUGUGAUAAGUUUGUUCUUGUUAAAUUUUAUUUCAAAAAUAUGUUCAAAAGGAAUGUAAUUCGGGUUGAAAUAUUAUUUGUAAAUUUUAUUUCGAGCUCAAGAGCUACGAUGU